UACACAAGCAAGAUACGACCAGCCCCACCUAAUUUUGUUUCUCUGGCACCCUCCUGCUCAGUGGGACAUCAGUACACCUAACCCAUCUGCUUUCUCUAAUGCAAGACAGACUCAUUCCAACCAGAACAGCUGUGAUACUCCAGUUCUUGUCUGUAAACACCUCCUAGACCUGAAGAUUCUCAUUAUUAACACCAAUACCAAAGAAGAUUACAAUGUUGACUUCAGUCAAAAUUCUGUCGGUUUCAAUUUUGUUUAGUUUACUACUAUUUGGAAGUCAUGGAGAAGAAGGUCGAGAAAUAAACACAACACAAAACAUUGCAGACUUAAAAACAAGGGAAAAUCAAUCUAUUCCUUUGGAAAGUGAAGCAAAUUCAACCUCAGAUAAAGAAAAUAGAGAAACCUCCCAUCCCAAGGCAACUAAUUUCUCUUUUGGGGAUCCAUCAAAUAAAACCCAUGGAACAGAUUUCUACCAUAAUUUGUCAACAGACAACUCUUCCAGUCUCAAACUCAUGCCCACACUUUCCCCAAGUCCUCCUUUGAGCCACAGCUUUGUUUCUAAAUUGCCUUGGAACUCAUCCGUAGCAGAUGAAAAUCCUCUGCCAGUCUCAGCACCUCCCAAUACUACAGCUAUUGUAUCUCCUGAAAACUUCACUCGGUCUUCGAUCAAUGAUACCAUGAAAGCUCCUGACAACAGUUCCAUUACAGUUAGCAACCUCCCUUCAGGAUCAAACACCAUAUCUGUGACCCCCAUGAUAAAGGAAACAGAUGGAUGGCCUACCAUGACAGGAGAUAGCUUGGCGGGGUUUACUGCCUAUCAAGAAACAACUUUAUAUCCCACCUUGAAAUUCACCAAUAAUUCAAAAAUCUUUCCAGAUACAUCAGACCCCCAAGAAGAGAACAGAAAUACAGGAGUGGUAUUUGGGGCCAUUUUAGGUGCUAUUCUGGGAGCUUCACUGCUUAGUCUUGUUGGCUACUUGCUGUGUGGAAAAAGGAAAACAGACUCAUUUUCCCAUCGGCGACUUUAUGACGACAGAAAUGAACCAGGGGAAUCAGUUUUUCACAUUUGGAGUGUCCUAUGGAAUCCAGCCAGUUCAUUGAGCAGCACAGUAUCAAUGGAAUUGCAAAGAAGAUCGAAAAUUAAUCAUUGAAGUUGAGACUUCAGAUUGGAUCCAAAACACCUGACCUGCAUAACUGGAUAAUUGUGACUCUCAAUACCAUAGAAUAAGGCAUAUACCCAUAGAAAGAAUACAAAUUAUGAAGCAGGUAUAAAUAUUCUUUUCAGAAGUUAAAAAGGAACCAAAGGGAAGAGAGAAACAAAAUACUGAUUGUAAUUCUAUAAUGUAACAGGCAUUAAACUAAGUGCUGUUUUUUUAGACUAUCUUGUAUUAUUCUCUCUCUACCCAUUUUUAUUUGCUUAAAAUCAAAGUUUUUCUGUUUUUUCUAAUGAAAACCAAAAGCCAAGCCUUUCUAAGUAGAAUAGUCUAUGAUGGAGCAGACUGUGGUUUUCUAUUGGGUUCUCAAUGAAAUAAAUAGUUUUUUAAUAUGUGAGCUUUAAAUAUAAUCUUAGUGAAAGUAAUUUACCGAGGAUACAUUUGAGUAUACUUUCCUGCUCACUGAUUUUUAUAUUUUAAAUACUAUAUGAUGAAUCUUUUAAGUACUUAUUUUUCUCAAAGAAAAGAACACUUAUUUCCAUAUCAGUGAUUAUCUAUUUUAGGUGAUCUAACCCUGAAUACAGAUUUAGAAGUUGAACCUCUGUUCUCCAAAGGGAAGCAGUUGACAUUUUUAAAACAAAUGAAAAUAAAGCCUUCAGAAUGGGACAAAUUAAUUAAUUUUAUCACCUUUAAAAGCAUAAGAAAAUAAAGACGGCAGGUUGAAAAACAUUUUGUUCCCUAGUUUAAAUCACAAUAAAUUUCAUAGUUGUGUCACUUAUUUAUUUUAACAUUUAAUGUUAUAAGAUGUUUCUUUAAAUUCAGAUAUUUUCUCAGAUAUUCUACUUUGACUGAAAUUAUUUACUAAAGCAUCUUGUAUAAUAAUUUCUUAAGAACAUCUUAAAAAGACAUACUUUUACAAGUGAUCAUAUUUCAUGUAUUUCUGAAUCAAGAACAAAUUUUAGAGUAGAACUGGUAAAUACCUAUUUCAUUGAAACCAAAAAUCAAAUGACUUAAAAAUAGUCAAAACUUCAGAGACGCAGCAUCUGUUAUGUGAGAUAAACACUGAUGCUUAAAAUAUAACAAUUUAGAUCAUAUAUUUCUUAUUUUUAAAAAUACAUUUCUAGUAUUUUGAAAAAACAGAUACACUCAUCUCCAAUUCUGAAAUCAAUAUCUAUUAUUCUUAGUUGGCUUCUUACAUAUUUUUAAGAAAACAGAAAAGUAAAAGAGAAUUCCUAGAUUGAUAUAUUUAUUUAAACAUACCACAGUCAGAGCUCUGGGUUCAGCUGCAUUUGGAAUCCUUCAUUGCUGACAACAGAGUUUCAAAUGACAAUCUUCUUUGACACACUCUUCAGCAUGACAACAGAAAGUUCUCUCUUCCACCACCUGCUUUUCCCAUUAGCUAGUGUUACAUACUGAAUGCUGCACAAAGCAUUUGACUGGAGGGUUUUUAGACAACUCUUUAAAUGCCUGAGUCUGAAUAAUGAUUAAAAGAAAAAAAAGAUAACUCAUCUCUUUAUAAGAACUUCUGUAUUGUUUUUUAUUACUUUAUUUUAAGUGGGGUGUUUAUGGGGUCGGGUAGGGGGCUGCCUUCAUGUGCCCUUGUUUAAUAGUGUCUAUGUAUGAUUCACCUAAGUGGCAUUUAGUCAUAUAAUGUCAGUGACAUUUUGAUGAUUUUACUGUCAAUUUUUAAUAAUCUAUUGCAUAUUCUUAGGUUAUUUGAAUUAGUUGGGCAGUUUAACAUAAAAGGUGGGAGGUAUGUUUCAGUCUGAAUAAUAGUGGUCUGACAAACAAAAAGUUUUUUAUUGGUGAACCAGGUAAUGUUUUUUUAUAGAAUGGGUUUACUAGGAUUGCCUAUAUAUUUUUUCAGCUUUUCAUGUAAAUUGCCUCAUUUUCUUUUUCACUAGAGAAAGUUUCAAUAGUAACAUCUGUAAUUUCUGAAAACUCCUACAACUGUUAAACUUGAUAUUGCAUCAUAUUGGUUCUGGGCUGCAUAUAAUGAAAGCAAUAGAAGUAACUGCUAUCUAAAAAGAAACAAACUAAUAAAUAAAAUGGAAAAAUUUUGCCCCUUUGUGAUUAACAUUCACAUGAUGCAAUGCAACAGAGGGUUACAUUUAUUUUUGUCAGGAAAACCUCCACAGGAUAGUUUGUAAUUGGGACUGACAAGACAUUGAACUAAGAAUCAGCCACUCGGGCUUCCCUGGUGGCGCAGUGGUUGAGAGUCCGCCUGCCGAUGCAGGGGACGCGGUUUCGUGCCCCGGUCGGGGAAGAUCCCAC